CACAAGACAUAGGAGGAGGAAAGGGCUCGGACAUGGGGAGAAACAGCACUGGCCCGUCUGCUAGAGAUCGGUAAUAUUUUAUUUUAUUUCCAAAACCCGAGAGGCCUUACAAAAAACAAUAAAACCAAACCCUGGCACAAAAACAUACAAUAGAUCAAUGGACUGAAUGAAGACUGCUUACAACGCCUAUAGAUGUCUGGCCAAGGAGCUGGAUGCUUACGCCAUGAACCCAGAGAUGACAAUGGACAGCAUUGGCAGUCUGCAUGGCGGAGUAAGCCAUGAGCAGGAUUUGAUGAGCAGUCACAGCCCCCAUCACGAUCGGAGCACUGGGGCUUCUUUAAGAAUACAUCAGGACUUAGCUGCUGCUUCUUCACGAUCCGCUAUGGUUUCCAGUAUGGCUACGAUGCUGGACGGGACUGGAGACUACCGCCCGGAGUUGUCUCUUCCGCUCCAUCAUGCAAUGAGUAUGCCCUGCGACACAUCCCCACCUGGUAUGGGCAUGAGCGGCACCUACACCACUUUAACUCCACUCCAGCCCCUGCCACCCAUAUCUACCGUUUCAGACAAAUUCCACCAUCCGCACCACCACCACCAUGCCCACCACCAGCGUCUCUCUGGGAACGUAAGUGGGAGCUUUACCCUGAUGCGGGACGAAAGGGGGUUACCAGCAAUGAACAAUCUCUACAGUCCCUACCAUAAGGAAAUGACAGGGAUGGGUCAAAGCUUAUCCCCCCUGGUCAGCAGCCCCCUUGGCAAUGGUUUGGGCUCCAUCCAUAACACCCAGCAAAGCCUCCACAACUAUGGCGCACAUGGGCACGACAAAAUGCUCAGCUCAAACUUCGAUGCCCACGCUGCCAUGCUAGCCAGAGGCGAUCAACACCUCUCAAGGAGCCUUGGUGUCCCUUCCGCUGGUAUGAUGCCACAUUUGAACGGAAUGCAUCACACUGGUCACCCAGGCCACCCUCAAUCUCACGGGCCCGUGUUGGCUUCCAGCCGGGAAAGGCCGCCCUCCUCCUCGGAAACUCAAGGUAAUAACUCGGGGCAGUUAGAAGAAAUCAACACCAAAGAAGUGGCACAAAGGAUCACUGCAGAACUCAAGCGGUACAGUAUCCCGCAGGCUAUCUUUGCCCAGAGGGUGCUGUGUCGUUCACAGGGGACCCUUUCAGACCUCUUAAGAAACCCCAAACCUUGGAGUAAACUUAAAUCUGGAAGGGAGACCUUUAGAAGAAUGUGGAAAUGGCUGCAGGAACCCGAGUUCCAGAGGAUGUCAGCCUUAAGGCUUGCAGGAGGUUACUGUAAACAAGAUGAGGCAUCUCAGCGACUUAUGUUCUCUGCAUGCAAACGCAAAGAACAAGAUACAGGCAAAGAAAGGAGCAAUACACCAAAGAAAUCCCGUUUGGUUUUCACUGACCUCCAGCGCAGAACACUUCUUGCCAUCUUCAAGGAAAACAAGCGCCCCUCCAAGGAGAUGCAGAUCACAAUCUCUCAACAACUGGGCCUCGAACUGACCACGGUCAGUAACUUCUUCAUGAAUGCCCGGAGGCGGAGCUUGGACAAAUGGAUGGAUGAAGGAAGCCCAGGGGCCUCUUCCUCAACCUCCAGCACUUGUACCAAAAUAUGAUUGAGGACAGUGUACCAGAACAGGGCACGGUACCCUUCAACGACAUUUUUAAAUUUGCUUUAGAGAGGGUCUGUUCACUGGUGAAUAGCUGACGUAGAUUUUUUUCUUUUUUUUACUUUUCAACAAGCAGAGUCUAUUCAAACAAGAUUAAAGCCACUGCCACUAUGAAGUCAUUGGCAUUUAGUUUAGCUGCAAUUUUUAUAUCCACCUGUGUAUUGGAUUUGCACUUAGUUGCAUUUCCUUGAGAAUUAUCAGCACACAAAAGCUUUUAGACCACUCCCCAAAGCAAUUUUACUUAGGCAAUCAUAAACCAGGCCAAUACGUACAGUUAUUAUUGGAGAUGCUUGCAAGUGGUUGCCAAAGAAACAUAGGCUUUAAUAGUAACCAUCCCCAUAACACAUUUAAGAUUUCAAAAUUUGACCAAAGAAAUAUCUAAAUUUGGCCAAUAUCCAUAGCAAUCCAUAUAAUAAGAAAAUAAAAUGUUUUGAAGGCACCAGUAGACCAGUAAUGCAAAUUGUGGCAAGUGGCUUAACCUUAAUCUUUAGUGGCAAGGGUUCCCCAGUAAUUGUAAUCUCAGUUUGCUUUCCAGUGUCAGGUACUGGCAGGUAUGCAAGCACAAAUCUUACAGAUUUAACUAAUGCCGGUAUUCAGGAACACACAUCUACAUGUAUGUUGAGUCUUGUAACAUGCACCGACUACUAAAAGUGUUCUUUGAAUGAGCUUUUAGUGGUUAGCAUUGUAUGUGAGCACAAUGUUUAAGCACAUUUCUUUUGCAAUAGAAAGGGGACACUUUAGGGAAUAUCGUUCUUCAUACAUUAGAAAACUCAGGAUGUAAUUUUUCAAACAUUUGAAGAACAUAUUAGCUUCAUUCUCUCAUGAACACAAUUGGGUUAUUUUCUUAAUUAUGAACAUGUUAGUUACUUUAGUUUUAAAACUACUUACUAGCAGGUGUACAGAGAACUUGCUCAUGAUACCAAAG